AUGGUCCAAGGGAGACUGCAAACAAGAGAAAGGCUACAUAAGAUUGGGGUCUGUAACACUACUACAUGCUUGCUUUGUGAGGCAAAAGAUGAAACUCACCCACACCUUUUCUUUGACUGUGAAUACAGUAGAAGAUGUCUACAGGGGGUUGAGGAAUGGCUAGAUAUUCCUACUAGCAAAGUACAUUAUAUGGGCCUGCUGAGGUGGGUUAAAUGGAAGAGCCAGUGCAGCAAAUUUCAAAAGACAGCAAUACACACUGCUGUCAAUGCUACUGUGUAUAAUCUAUGGAGAGCAAGAAAUGAUGCUCUCUGGAUCAGAAGGUUCCUACCCCUUCAACUACUAUCAGAUGCAUUCAGAGGAGUGUGA